AUAAUAGUUAAUAACCAACACUUGUUUUGUUUUACGACACAUACUGUCAGUUUUGUCCGAGCUUUUCCCCAGACAAAUGUUUGCUAAUGUUCGUUCCUGAUCGUCUACUAAUGUCUUUUAUGGUUCUGCAUCAUCAAACAUGGCGGCGUUCGUAACACGAGCACACCCGUGUUUGUCAUUAUAACCAAAAUGUCUUUAAAUAUGAUUAAUUAAGUAGUUUGUAACGAGUCGUUUUACAUCAUGCUACUAUCAAUUGCAAGUUUGUGCGCUCGAAAUGGGACAAGAGUAUCGGUCGGGGCUGCUAAGUUCCUCUCGCCAGCGGUCAACAAACUCGCGGCCCCGCGGUGUUCGUCUUCGCCACCCGCGGCCAUGGCGGUUCUCCCGCCGGCCUCACGGAAGCCACACGUCCGGUGGCAGGAGGAGCCCUCAGUUUCCGACGAAAAUGACAAGUUUGGGACUUAUUCCACGGACAUACCCGCCAGGAGGAUUUUCAAGAAAAGCAGCCCGGAAAUGUUUAACUUGCGGUACGUAGAAGACGAGGAGCGGAAGCCGCUGGAGAGCGUCGGGAGGAGAAAUACCACCUACUGGUACUUCCUACAAUGCAAGAAGCUGAUUAAAGCAGGAAAGCUGCAGGAGGCCUUGGAGAUGUUCAGCAGAGACAUGCUGCUGGCGGAGAGACUCCAGCCGGAGGAAUACAACUACAGCGUCCUCAUUGGAGGAUGCGGACGUGCUGGACAACUCAAGAAGGCCUUCAAGCUCUACAACGACAUGAAGAAACGUGGUCUGGAGGCGUCGGACGCCACCUACACGGCACUCUUCAACGCCUGCGCAGAGUCGCCCUACAAGAAGGCCGGCCUCCAGCAGGCGCUCAAUUUGGAGCAGGAGCUGCGCCGCAAGAACCACGCUUUGAGCACCAUCACGUACCACGCCCUACUCAAGACGCAUGCCGUAUGCAACCACCUGCAGGCCUGCCUGCACACGCUGAGGGAGAUGCUGCAGAACGGCCACUCCGUCACACAGGAGACCUUUCACUACUUGCUGAUGGGAUGCCUGAAGGACAAGGACUUGGGCUUCAGACUCGCUUUGCAGGUUUGGCGCCAGAUGCUCAAGUCCGGGAUCGUUCCCGACUCCAACAACUACACCCUGCUCUUGAGGACCGCCAGAGAUUGCGGGAUGGGCGACGCCGCGCUGGCCUCCAGCAUCCUGCUUGGACCACAUGUGCAAGGACAAAAGUCCGGUAAAGCUCAGGUUGAUGUGGACCUCCUGGAGCGGGAGCUGUUUGUCCCGGCUGAUGCCCAAGGCGGCGGCGAGCAUUCCCACCAGACACAGAACUCUUUGGUGCCGUCCAGGCCCGACGAAACCGGGCUGAUGCCGGUUGGCUCCGCCCCUAACCUGCUGGACCUCCUGGAGGGGACGGGGUACGGCUCCAUCUCCUUCGGCAGCGUGGACGGACCCGCCGAUAGACUCGCUCUGCUCGGCGGAGGCGAAGGUUUCCUGGACAAGAUGGCGGCAAACGGGCUCAAACCGAACAUUCGGACAUUGACACUGCUGGCGGACACCAUGGAGCCCGGCGUCAGGUCUUUGGAGGCACUCUUAAAGGUCGCCAAGCGGCAUCACGUCAAGCCGGACGCCGCCUUUUACAACUCGGCCAUUCGUAGGGCCGCCAGAGCUGCAGACCUGGAAGGAGCUAAGGCCGUGUUGGCUGUGAUGCAGCAGCGCAACGUGAGCGUGGACGUGCAGACGUUCGGAAGCCUCGCCCUGGCCUGCCGUCGACAGAAAGACGGUCUUCAGCUGCUCCAAGACAUGAAGGAGGCAGGAUUAAGGCCCAACGUCCACGUGUUUUCCGCCCUGAUUGGCCAGGCGAGUCGUCGGCUGGAUUACAUUUACCUCAAAACGCUGCUGAAAUGCAUGCGUACCCUGGAGGUGUGGCCUAACGAGGUCAUUAUCAAACAGCUGGAAUUUGCCGCACAGUACCCUCCCAACUACGACCAGUACAAGUCCCGCAACAACUACCUGGUGCAGAUCGACGGUUUCCGUGGUUACUACCAGCACUGGCUGCGGGUCAUGCCGGCCCAGAGCGACAAGGACGACGGGGCGCAGCUCCUGCCCGGAUCCAACCCAGCGGAGGACCAAGCGGGUGGACUCGACGAGGCCUCAAAAACCAAAAGAGCGGUGAAGAGUAGACAAAAUUAGCAGCACGGAAACAUACACGAUACGUGAAUAUGUAUUCUUUUUUCAACAGUCAACUGAUACUGUCAAAUGAAAGAUUUCAUUACCAUUUGUAAUGAAUAAUAUUCAACUUUUGUGUAAGCCAGGAACUGAUCAAGGUCCUUUAUGAGAUAAAAAGUCAGUUAUGAGAUAAAAAGUCAGUUAUGAGAUAAAAAGUCACAAUUAUGAGAUAAAAAGGCAAAAUUAUGAGAUAAAAAGUCACAAUUAUGAGAUAAAAAGUCACAAUUAUGAGAUAAAAGUCACAAUUGUGAGAUAAAAAGUCACAAUUGUGAGAUAAAAAGUCACAAUUAUGAGAUAAAAAGGCAAAAUUAUGAGAUAAAAAGGCAAAAUUAUGAGAUAAGUCACAAUUAUGAGAUAAAAAGUCACAAUUAUGAGAUAAAAAGUCACAAUUAUGAGAUAAAAAGUCACAAUUAUGAGAUUAAAAAGUCAAAAUUGUGAGAUAGAAACUCACAAUUAUGAGAUAAAAGUCACAAUGAUGAGAUAAAAAGUCAAAAUUAUGAGGGUAAAGUCAUAAUUAUGAGCUAAAAAGUCUAAAUUAUGAGCUAAAAAGUCACAAAAUUAAUUAGUUAAAAAGUCAGUUAUGUAGUAAAAAGUCACAAUUAUGAGAUAAAAAGUCACAAUUAUGAGAUAAAAAGUCACAAUUAUGAGAUAAAAAGGCAAAAUUAUGAGAUAAAGUCACAAUUACGAGAUAAAAAGUCACAAUUACGAGAUAAAAAGUCACAAUUAUGAGAAAAGUCAAAAUUGUGAGAUAAAAAGUCAAAAUUGUGAGGUGAAGUCAUAAUUAUGAGCUAAAAAGUCUAAAUUAUGAUACAAAAAGUUAAAAUUAACAAACGGAAUUAUGAGAUAAAAUUGAUAUUAUGAGUUAAAGUGGAAAUUAUGAGAUUAAUAAUCACAAUUAUGAGAUAAAAAGUCACAAUUAGGACAUAAUUCAGAAUUAUGAGAUAAAGUUACAAUUAUGAGAUAAAGUCAAAAUUAUGAGAUAAAAGUUAAAAUUAACAUAAAAGGCGGAAUUAUGAGAUGAAGUCAAAAUUAAGAGUUAAAAUCGAAAUUAGAUACGGUAAGUCAUAAUAAAGAGAGAAACUCAAAAUUAUGAGUUUAGAGAGUUGAAAUGAUGAGAUAAAGAGUCAAAAUUAAGAGAUAAAAAGUCAUACUUAUUAGAUAAAAAGUUGAAAUGAAAAGAUAUGAAAGUCGACAUUGUGAGAUAAAAACUCGAAAUGAUGAGAUAAAAUGGUGAAAUAAUGAGUUAAAGUUAAAACUAUGAGCUACAAAGUCGAAAUUAUGAGCUAAAAAAAAUCUAAAAUAUGAGAUACAAAGUCAUGAUUAUUAUAAUUUUUAUCUCCAAGUUUUGACUUUUUAAUCUCAUAUAUUGACGUUCUCAUAAUCAUGAUUUACCAUUGGGGUAUUAAUUUAUUUUUUUAGUGGCGGAAACGGGCUUCCAUUUUAUAUAGUGUUUAAAUUAGGGGUGUCCCUCUUUCACUUUGAUACCGAUGUUGAAGCCUUCAGUAUUGGCCAAUACCGUUAUUGACCCAAUACGAUAUCAGCACAAAUCAUACAUAUUUUUAUUGCUUUGGAGUGUGAAAUAUUAAAACAGGUUUGAUCAAGUAAAAGUAGUCCGCAAUGGCAGUCAGAAAAAACACAACCUAUUUAUUAUUUACUGUCUGAAAUGGACUUAUACUGUCUUUAAACUGAAGUGGAGUGGUAAUUGUUUUGUUUUUUUGCCACAACUAGUGACCACAAUAAUUCAUUACAUUAAGCCCUCGACGCAGUAAGUUGAAUGAUGUGGACACGUUUGUUACUAGAUACUUUCUAACAGGCUUCUGCUUUGGGGACUUUGUAUAUGUACCGGUAAGUAAAAUGCGAAUAUAAUAAUUUGAUACUUGUUUAUGUUAACAAAUGUUUCACACUGUAUGUCUAGCUUGUGUGCUACUGUGUGCUUAGCUGUUGUGUGGCUGCAAGACUACCAUGUUUACCUUUUGCACAUGACUUCACUUAAAUAAAAGAAAAGACCAUUUUAUAUUGAA